AUGACGAACGAGUUUGGAUUAGGUUUAGAAACUAAAAAACAUAACACCACAGCGUGGAUAAAUAAAGCGAAACCUUACUUUGUGGAUCAAAUCGGAGACACUCUUCAAGGUGAUUUAGAUAUGAACAAUUUCAAAGUAACUAAUUUAAAGUCUCCGGAAAACGAUAAUGACGCUGUUCACAAGAAAUAUUUUCGGGAACAAAUAAAUUCAAUUGAAGAAUUAAAUGCUCUGGAAACUAAACUUAACAGUGAAUUACAAAAAGAACUAACAAAUAUUAAACAACAAAUACAAAACAUAGAUGAUAGCGAAAUCAAAACCUAUAUUCAGCAACAAAUACAAAAUAUUGAUGAUAGCGAAAUCAAAACCUAUAUUCAACAACAAAUACAGAACAUUGAUGAUAGUGUUAUUCAACAACAGAUAACCACUAUUAAUAACCUAGUUUUGAAACAGGACAAAAAUAAAGUCGCAUUAGAAAAAAAGUAUCUCAAGGAAGGAAAUAAAUCAUAUUAUUUUACUCUUCCAUUUGGAAGAUUGAGUAUUAGGUAUGCUUCUGUUACUGAUAAUAUUGAUCAACUCCUGAAGGUAAAAGUUGAAACAACAUUCUUCAGACAAAACUUUCGUUUAUCUAAAAAAUUUAACGCUCAAAAAGUUCUUCAGUUUAUAAAUGAUAGAGACAAAAAUGUAGAAUAUAAAGAAUAUGAAAGUAACAACGAAAACAACAAGGUUAAUCACUUAUAUGAAAUUAAAACGAGUGGAAAAUAUUAUAUAGAUAGGUUUAGAAUGUUAAUCGUACCAGAUAAUGAAGAAGACGAUCUUUCAUUGAGUGAAUUUAAUAUGAUAUUUGAAACGGAAAGUCUUAUUGAAAAUCCAAAACCACAAAAAGAACUAACAUCACCCAGUUAUGACUUUUUAUGA